GGUUGGUCGACUUCACACCGACCAUUCCUCAGUUUUCCGCUUUCGGCUUCUCCCUCCCUCUCUCUCUCUCGUCGCAAUUGCCAGGAACUCCGGCGAGAAAUGGAAUCCAUCGGAGUGCUGAUGAUGUGCCCGAUGUCCUCGUACCUCGAGAACGAGAUUCAGAAGCGCUUCGACCUCCUUCGCUUCUGGACCGCGCCUGAGAAUUCCGGUUUCCUCGAGACUCAUCGGAACUCUAUCCGCGCCGUUGUCGGGAACGCCUCCGCCGGCGCUGACGCUCGACUCAUCGACACUCUUCCGAAGCUGGAGAUCGUCUCCAGCUUCAGCGUGGGGCUUGACAAAAUCGAUUUGGGGAAAUGCAAGGAGAGAGGGAUCCGCGUCACCAACACUCCCGACGUUCUCACCGAAGACGUCGCCGAUCUUGCGAUCGGCCUCAUGCUGUCCGUUCUCCGACGAUUGUGCGAGUGUGAUCGCUAUGUUCGCAGCGGCAAGUGGAAGAGCGGAAACUACAAGCUCACAACCAAGUUCACCGGAAAAUCUGUCGGAAUCAUCGGUCUUGGGAGGAUAGGGACAGCCAUCGCCAAGAGGGCCGAAGCCUUUAGCUGCCCAAUCAAAUACUACUCGAGAACCAAGAAGUCUGAUGUUACCUACAAGUAUUAUCCGACGGUGGUGGAGCUUGCCCGAGAAUCAGACAUACUCGUGGUCGCGUGCCCGCUCUCGGAAGAGACCAGACGCAUCGUGAACCGGGAGGUGAUGGAUGCAUUGGGGCCGAAGGGUGUGCUCAUAAACAUAGGCAGAGGGCCGCAUGUGGACGAGCCAGAGCUGGUGGCGGCUCUCAAGGAAGGCCGGCUAGGAGGGGCUGGGCUGGACGUGUUUGAAAACGAGCCGUACGUGCCAGAGGAGCUUUUCGGGAUGGAGAAUGUGGUUUUGCUGCCUCAUGUGGGCAGCGGCACCGUGGAAACAAGGAACGCCAUGGCCGAUCUUGUGGUUAGCAACUUGGUGGCUCACUUCGCCGGCGAGCCACUUGUGACUCCUGUGGGUUGAUUUUUUUUUGAUUUUUUUUUUUUAAUUAUUAUUAUUAUUAUUAUUAUUAUUAUUAUUAUUAUUAUUAUUAUGCCUCAUGAAACUGAAAACAAUGGGUGUGUGUGAUUAAUAAUAAUACACAUUCGAUAAAA